ACCGUGCGGACACAAGCAUUGCGACGUGCGCCCUCACUCACCCCUUGUCCUACUCCUCCGCAGCCGUCCACGAAGCUCCCGUUCGCUGCAAGUCCACCGGCCGUCGCAAGAACCCAGCAGCACUCUGUUCCCAUCAUCGCGACUGCCGACGACGCCCACCAGUCAACGUCCUGCGCAUCCUCAUAGGGCCCGUCGCCGUCACCGGGCACGCCCACAGCGCGAGCGAGGCUGCGAGUGCCGCAGAGUUAGUACGUUCCCUUUCGAUGCGGUCAGAAACCGACUCACCGAUGUCCUCCUCCGUCUACAGCUCCCAGCUUUAUACCUCGCGAUCGCUCGCAGUGGGUUGCUCGGCAGCCAGCGGCCAAGUCGCCGUCGCCUUUCCGGUGCACGAUGUCCGCGGAAGCGAACAUCGUACCAUGCCUGCCGUGGGUAUUGACAGCCUUCCCAUCGCCACCGGCGCGGUGUACGGGUCCACGCUCGAUGGUCCGGCGGGCGGGUGGUAUGUACGCGUUGAUCGGGCACGGCUCGUGAACGUUCCUCACCAAAGAUCGGCCGCGAGGGAAUUCUUUGUGGGUUUUGCAGGAGACGUAUGCGGUCCUCUUGGACGGCGUGGUGAGUUCACUCAGAUUCGCCGGUGCGCAAAGCAACCCGAAGGCGGACGGCGCGAGGGCAUGUCCACCGGGCAUGCAUGUCUCGACAGAGUGCAUUACGGUGCGCGCUGGCGAGCCGGAAAGAAGGCGUACGAUCGGGAUUCCGUGCAGCAUCAACGUGCGAGAGCGCAUGCGUGUCCCUUCCAUUCCGCGCGGCACGCUCUCCUCGUGUCCAGCCUGCGAAGGAGGGUGCUCGCCUCCGAGCUCGUCGAGUCACGCUCGCGUCCCUCCGCGGGCGUCGGCACGCUCCGUCAGCGAAUCAGGCAGCCCGCUCGUCCGCUCGUCCGCCGGACAGACACGGUGCCCGCAUCGAGGCAUCCGAGGACGAGCACGUCCAUGGACCGCCGCCGGUGAGUGGCCGCAACGAGGUGAGUGCCGUCACGGUGUUUUCUGAUACUGACGCAUUCUCUUCCGGCGGAUCGGAUGGCGGGGACGUGCGGGGCGGCGUGGGCAGUACGCGGGGGCGGGAGCUGUGAUGCGGGGCGCGACUUCGGAGGGCUUCGAACAGUGCUGGAGCCGUUGGCACAGGCUACUCGAGCUGUCCCACAGUGCCCCGCCCUCACACAACGGUCAGCUGCGCAUGCGACGGACGCAUUGGCAUUGGUAUCUACUGCAUCGGUCACGGUGUGUCCUGCCUUCGUACGGCUGCAAUCCGAGUCCCCGCCGCAUAGACAGUUGGUGUCGUCAGCGACGACAGGCACGUCGUACAGGCUGCUUCACGUAGGGCAAGAAUCCAUGUACAUAGUGUCGCAGCAAAUAGAUAUAUUCGAGCUGUC